AUGAGUGAGAAGAUCGUCCUACCAUCCGAAGGCGCGCACGGAGAGAAGAACGGGACAGCCACGGCUACGUGCUACUGCGGUGCCGUGCAAAUUGAAGUACCCACCGAGGGAGAAGGUCUCGUAGACACAUUCAUCUGCCACUGCACCGACUGCCGGAAAAUCACCGCUAGCAUGUUCGCAUCCAACUUCGUCGUCAAAGACACGCACCUCAAGCACGUUCGCGGCGAAUCGAAGCUAACCCGCUUCCGCCAGAACAACACCAUUGCCACGGGAAAUUACAUGGAAAACAGCUUCUGCAGCGUCUGCGGCACGCUCAUGUACCGCCGGAGUAGCGGAUACCCCGGCGCUAGCAUCCCGAGGAUUGGGACCAUUGACGAUUACAAGCUCCAGGAAACUAAGUUCAAGCCGCGAAUUGAAACAUUUGAGAAGGAUCGGUGUGCGUGGUUGAGGCCGGCAGAUGUGCAGGAGCAUGUUGAUGGGGCGUAUUAUACGGCGGGGAAGAGCUGGAAGAGUCUGCAUGAUGGUGUUGGUGGUGAUGGGAAAUUUCAAUAUGCAAUCCAACAAUACGAUGCUUCACAUCCUAGUCAAUAG